AUGCUAGGAUGUCGUCGAAAAAGAACUGUUUUCCAGGGGAGACCCCGUAAGAGGAGAUUCAUUGCACAAGAAAAUGUGGCGGGAGCGUUAGUCAGACCAAAACCCAUACGAACAUGUUCAAACAAUCCGUAUUUUGGGUCGCCCCAACGUCUCCGAUUCCCGAAGCAAACAAUUGCAUUUCACGUGGCACUUUCGACAAGCAAAGAUGUCCAUGAUAGCACAAUUGUGUACGACCAGGUGAAAUUGGACACAGGGCACGGAUACAACCAAGGGGACGGUAUUUACAUCGUCCCGGAGGCGGGCACAUAUGUGUUCACCUGGACAUCAAUUUGUAAUGUUUAUGACGUGUUUCAGACUGUCCUCGCGGUCGAUGGAGCGCAAAGAGGGUCAUCGUUUAAAGAUGCACGAGAUAGGAAUGUAGCCGAGCUCCAACAAACAACGGCUGUUGUUAUUCUUGUCUUGAAUCAAGGAGAUCAUGUCUUCAUCCGUAUGGGGAAUGUUUAUGAUCACGGAACAUUUAUAAGUCUUCCCAUGACGUAUGGAGAGUCAACAUUUUCAGGCUGGAAACUUGAUUAA